UAAUCCCUCUCCCCACUACACGAUUUCUUUCUCUCCAUCACUCCUUUGCACUCUACCCCAGUAUCUCAACCACUUGCUUCUAGGACUGAUGACCACCAGCGAGUGAAUGGACUGCUCCACUGAGAAAGAGUUUUUUUAGAGAGGAAGAGAGUGUGUGAGACAGGGAGUGUGGAGGGGAGAGGAGAGAAGAGAAGAGAAGAGAAGAGAAGAGAAGAGAAGAGAAGAGAAGAGAAAAGUGAUAGUGAAAAGGUCUUAGAGAGGAAGAAAGCCUCAUUAGAGGCAGAGAACAUUGUUUUAGAGUGUGCUGCUUGGGAAUACUUUGAUUUAGUGUGUGUUAGAUAUCAAAUCAGUGAUAGUUACAGAGGUUUAGAUAGAGAAAGUGUGCAUUACUGAAAGGGAAUUUAUAGAGAUGGGGGAAGAGAUGAACGCAUCGGAUUCUGAUCCUUACGGUGGGAAGAGUGCUUUCACGCAGACGGAGCACAACAUUGUUGCGGCAUACCUCCUCAUUGCAUGUGUAAUCAGCUUGGCCAGUAACCUUGUGGUUCUAUGGAUGUUUGUUAAGUUCAAGGAGCUUCGGACCGCCACCAAUGCCAUCAUCAUUAACCUGUGCCUCACAGACAUCGGGGUGGCAGGCAUCGGCUACCCCAUGUCUGCUGCUUCAGACCUCCAUGGCAGCUGGAAGUUUGGCUACAACGGCUGCCAGAUCUAUGCAGCUCUCAACAUCUUCUUUGGGAUGGCCAGCAUAGGGCUCCUAACAGUAGUUGCCAUUGACCGUUACCUCACUAUUUGCAGGCCUGAUAUAGGUCAAAAGUUGACCAAUCGCUCGUACACAAAGAUGAUCGUGGCAGCAUGGCUGAAUGCUGUGUUCUGGUCCUCUAUGCCAGUAGUGGGCUGGGCCGGAUACGCUCCUGAUCCCACCGGAGCCACAUGCACUAUCAACUGGAGAAAGAACGACGCGUCGUUCGUGUCCUACACCAUGUGUGUGAUCGUGGCGAACUUCAUCCUUCCUCUCUCCAUCAUGUUCUACUGCUACUACCAUGUGUCUGUCACUAUGAAGAGAUACAAGGCCAGCAACGGCCUGGACAACAUCAACAUGGACUGGUCUGACCAGAUGGACGUCACCAAGAUGUCCAUUGUGAUGAUCUUGAUGUUCCUGGUGGCCUGGUCUCCAUACUCGAUAGUGUGUCUGUGGGCAUCGUUCAGUGAUCCCAGGAAAAUCCCAGCUCCUAUGGCGAUCAUUGCUCCACUCUUUGCCAAAUCUUCCACGUUUUACAAUCCGUGCAUUUACGUCAUUGCCAAUAAGAAAUUCAGACGAGCCAUUGCUGGAAUGCUUCAAUGCCAGUCGCGACAACGAAUCACCAUCAGUAACCAGGUUCCCAUGACAAUUUCUCAGCUCCCGCUCAACCAGUAAAUGACAAGCAUCUCUGAGGGAAUGGUAACAUCUAUCCCAUAAUGUCCUCUGUCCAACGCUGGCCGUUACAGAGGUGGGGACACUGUUUUGUCCAAACACCAUCCACAUCCUCCACCUCUAUGGGUGAAGUGGACCCAUAAGAUCUUUUGCAAAUGAAUGAUAUGUCAGCUUUUGUUGUCUUUUGUUUAAAUGUUUUGUUUUGUGCAUCUUAUUAUCCAAAAAGGAAUAUUAACAUACUACCAGUUUAUUGUGGAAUUAAAAAGCUCUAGUAAAUAAUAACUGAUGAGGUUUGUGAUGAUGCUAAAAAUAUUUCCGAGAACACGCUCAGCCAUCUUGUGAGGUAUUACCAGUAGUUAAUUGUCAUGUCAUGUCUAAAUUCCAUGUCAGUUUAUAAUGGGUGUUACUGUGUGGUAUCUCGAGAGUUCUUGAGAUAUGCCGAGGAUCUAAAUAAAUUAUGUUCUGUAUGUCAUUAUGCUUUAAAAACAUGCUUCAGGAUGCCUCUGGUGGAAGAUUAUGUUGGCUCAAUUUUUCAUAAGCAUUAUGCUAGAUGUGCAAGAGACAACACAGAAAGCAAUAUUUCAGAAAAGACAGGAGGUCAAUUGACAAGUUGAAUCAAAUAUUAAAUCUUUAUGACAUCUGUA